UGAUUGGUGGCACUGAUAGGCAACACUGAUAAUUGGUACUGAUAGACAGCACUGAUAGGUGGCACUGACUGGUGGCACUGCUGGGCACUGACUGGCACAGCCGCUGGGCACUGACUGGUGGCACUGACUGGCAGCACUGCUGGGCUGCACUGAUGGGCACUGGUGGGUGGCACUGGUGGUUAAAGGUGGGUGGCACUGGUGGGCUCAGGUGGGUGGCACUACUGGGCACAGGUAGGUGGCACUUCUGGGCACAGGUGGUGACACUGCUGUGUGGCACAGGUGGGGGCACUGCUGGGCACAGGUGGGCGGAACUUGUGUGUGGCACUGCUGGGCAAUGAUCAUCAGGGCACUGAUGAUCACAUGAGGAAAGUGCAGCCGAGAACCGGCAUUUGCAUUUCCCUGUGAUCAGCGUGUCAUUGGACACGGCUGAUCAAGUGGUAAAAGGCCACUG